CCUGCCUGCACCCGGCUCUGUUGUUGUCGGGCCGUCGUCGAGGCAACCACAUCGCGCGCGACCGUAUUAGUGAAGUUCUGUGAUUCCGUGCACCAAUGAAUGUGAUACAGUGAUAGUGAACAACAUUGCGAUGGCACUGAACAAGGAUUUUGACGUGCAAAACAUUAUCAAGAGCGUCAAGCUACCAAAAACCUCCAAGUUUCAGCUGGCCAUCGAGCGCAUAUUCAAAAGGAGCCAGUACACCAAAAUAGUGCAGAGUUGAACUGUAGCAUAGACUAGUUAGAUUAAAUGGCCGGUGAAGUUAAUACAAAUAGUAGAAGUAGACACAACAAACCGGAUUUCAAGCCAGAGCCACCAGAUAGCAAAACCCCUCAAUUCAUAACAGACGAAGCAGAAUUUAUAGGCCGUGGAGACAUUACACCUAAACUCAUAAAGCGCAGAAGCAGGAGUAGAAGCGGGUCGAGGAUAACUCCUGGCGCGCUCAGCGUGUCGGAUGAGCAUUUCUACGAGGAUUUAGAAGAAUACGUGAAGGAGAUGGCAGGAGACGGGAAGAUGGCAGGAGAGGUGGACGUGUGGAGUCAGCUCCAGCAGAAGGAGUCUGACCUGCUGCUGGCCGCAGAGCUGGGGAAGGCGCUGCUGGACAAGAACGAGGAGCUGAAGAAGGAGCAGGAGCGCCUCACGGAGGAAUACUCCAAAAAAGUUGAGGAGUUGGAGCAGGAGAAGCACCUACUCCGGCGGCGGCUGGACACGGCUCAGGGCGAGUACGAGGCGAGGCUGCUGGAGCUGCACAAUGACAUCAAGCACCUCACCACCAGGAUCGACUCCAAGGAUAACUCUGUUAAACAGCGCGACGAGGAGAAAGCCGGGCUCAUCGCGGAGCUGACGGCACAGAACUCGCGGCUCACGACGCAGCUGCAGCAGUCCUCGGCCACCGAGGCCGCCCUGCUAGCGCAGCUGGAGGGGCUGAGAGACCAGUGUUCUAUGAGGAAGACCAGUUUACAGGACCACGUGUACAGCCUGGAGUCCCUGAAGGCGGAGCUGGCGCUGGUGAGCGACAAGAAAGCGGACCUGGAGCGGCGACUCACCACCAGCCUCAGCGACAAGGAACAGCUGAUGCAGCAGCUGGAUGAGGCUAAUGAUAGGCUGGCUGCGCUGGAGAGGCAACUGAAGGAGCAGGAGAUGCUCUACCACAACACACUGAAGGAGCUGGAGCGCCUGCAGCGGUCCCACGACACGCUGGCGGAGCGCCUCGGAGCGCCCGACGCCACCGACGCGCACGACGCCACCGCCAGAUCCCUCCACGCGGAGCUGGAGUCAGGUCCCGAAGACGAGGACGACGGCUGGCUGCGCGCCGAGGCCGUGCAGGUGUACCAGCAGCUGCGGGGACUCGCGUUGCAGCUCAACACCGGACAUGAUGAUGACUCAGGUCUCCACUCAGACCUAAGCCUGACCUCCCUGGACGGCGACGAACCCUGCCUGCGCCGCGGGGCCCUGCUCGCCGCCUGCCACGACGCGGUGGCAGCCCACGCCGCGUUGGAGGGCAGCCGCGUGCGGGAUUCUAUAGCGGCGCACGCGCGGCGCGCCAUGGAGAGGGAACGGCAGAUUGAUGAGAAGAAUGAGAUCAUUGCUGAGCUGUCUUCUAAGCUCUCAGUGGCAGAAGUGGAGCUCCAAGCGGCGCUGGACGAGCGCGCGCGUCUGCUGAACGAUGCCAACUACAGCAGUCUGCAGAACGACGAGGCUGUGACCCGCGCCCGGCAGGAGCGAGACGAGGCCAUGGAGAGGAAGAAGACUGCUGAGGUGGCGCUCGCGAAGACCCGCGUGGAGCUGAUGCAGGCGAACAGCCAGCUGUACGAGGCGGUGCGGCAGAAGGUGGACCUCGGGCAGCAGCUGGAGCAGUGGCAGAUGGACAUGCAGGAGCUGAUAGACGAGCAGAUGAAGCACAAGCUGACGACGCAGGAGAAGCGGCGGAAGCUGCCGGAGUCGCAGCCCGCCAAGACCCGCACCUCCAUGAUCCUCGGAUUUUUUCAGAGGUGAUCUGCUGUACCCAACGAUUGGCCCGAACCAAUGCCAUAGCGCCUAACAUAGCAACACUCGCCACCUUCACGUAUCUAUUUAUAAUAAAACAAUUCGACCAGUUAACUUUUACCGCCGCAUUCAGUCUUUUUCUCGUUUUAAAUUCGAAUUCAACGGCUAGAUUCGCGUCCGCCAUUUUGAUUUUGUGUUUGGAUGCGUUCACGCUCGCUCUGGUUUUUGGAUGCGUUCUUUUAAUUGUAAUCAAACCGUUUGAUGUGUACACGUUAGCAGUGAUAGUAAGUUUAGUUUUUAAAGUGUUGAUUUUAACUUUACACGUAUUUUUUUGUGAAAUUUGGAAUGUAUUUUUAUAGAAUGAUACUUUUAAGCACUCUUUUAGACAUUGUGAUGCAUUAAUUAAUUGUAAAAAUUCAAAAAUGUUGUUCUGGGCAUUGUAUUUUUGAUGUUACCAAUAGAUUG